AUGGGUGUGACAGCUACUGCCACCCACGUCCGAGCUCCGUCGGUUCCAAUUGUUGUCUCUGCCGUUCCCGACGUCAAGACUCUCAAAAAUGCCAUCCCGUCGAAAUGCUUUGAACGCUCGCUAGUUCGCUCAUUGUCAUACGUGGCUCGCGAUCUCGUCUUCGUUUCGCUGCUCGUCUCCUCCGCAGUCUACCUCACGAAGCUCGACGCCCCAGUCUACAUCUCCAUCCCCCUCUGGGGCCUCUACAGCUUCGUCCAAGGCCUCUUUUUCACGGGCCUCUGGAUCCUCGCGCACGAAUGCGGUCACGACUCCUUCUCCCCAUACCUCAAGGUCAAUGCGACGAUGGGAUGGAUCCUCCACUCCAUCCUGCUCGUCCCGUUCUUUAGCUGGAAAUUCUCCCACGCUCGCCACCACCGGUACCACAACCAUAUGGCAAAGGACACGGUGUUUGUGCCUAGCACGAAAGAAGAAUUUGAGGCGAACCAAGCCAAGGGGCUAGGGCUGCUCGCGAAAUUGGUGGACCAUACUGCUGCAGACACGCCGAUCAUGACUCUCGCCGCGCUUGUCGUGCACCAGGUCUUCGGAUGGCCCAUGUACAUGUUCCUCAACGCGGGCGCUGGGUACGAGAGUCUUGUCAAGGGCUCGAGGAAGACGACCAAGAAAUACAAACAAUCGCACUACGACCCGCGCGCGAACAUUUUUACCGACGCGGAGGCCCCGUUCAUCGCAAUUUCUGAUCUUGGUCUUCUCAUCGUCCUCGGUGCGCUGUACAUGGUCAGCAGGAGCCUGGGCGUAGGAAACACGCUGUUGCUCUACGGACUUCCGUAUCUCUGGAUGAACCACUGGAUCGUCGCAAUCACCUACCUGCACCACACGCACGAAAAAGCGCCGCACUACGACGCAGACAGCUGGACUUUCGUGCAGGGCGCAAUGUCAACCGUGGACCGCGAGUUCGGCUUCAUCGGGAAACACAUUUUCCAUGGCAUUGUGGAGUACCAUGUUGUGCAUCACCUCUUCCCGCGUAUCCCCUUCUACCACGCCGAGGAAGCUACGGAGGCUAUCAGGAGCCUGCUCGGUGACAAAUACAUCGAGCAGCGGACGAAUUUCAUGGCUGAUCUGUGGACGGCGUUCACGACGUGCAAGUACGUCGAGCAGGGCACUAAGAAGGGCCAACUUGUUUGGGCGGCACCUGCCAAGACGAAGUGA